AUGCAAUUUCGGUUCUUGUCUGGAGACGACGUAGCUACCAUGGCUCAUCUUCCUGGCGUCGUACCCCCUUCAACAUUGUUGAAGACACAGCCUCUCGUGCACACAGAAGUUCUUCUCUCUGGCAUGUUUCAGGAGAUGAAAGGCUCCCGUGGCUAUCAAAGGGAAAGGGAAGAGAGGCAAAGGCCCCACCCGACAAUGGCCCUGAGCUCCAAGUCAUCCGGGAAUUUUCCUAGGGGGAAUUUGAAAAAUCUCGAGGAAUCCAGUUCGACGGAUUCCACGGGCUACACAUUUUCUACAUGUUUUUCUAGGAAAAACGUCGGCGCAUUACUCACGGAGGGGAGAAGCAUUUCCUCUUUUAACUGUGAUUACGAAACGAAGAAAGAAGGCGGUUCUAAAUUUACAUUGGUUCAUUUUGCAUCCUCGUCGACGAGGUGA